AUGGACCACCGCAGACAUCAGAUAGCAGCCCUCGGUGCAGCAUACAUCGAGCACGUCUCCGUCUCCGUCUCCGUCUGCCUCUUCGUCUUUACUAUGUCUACUGUUCUGCCCAUGUCGACCUCGCGGGAGGAAACCACGGAGGAAGAGCAAUUUGGAACGACGAAGAGAUCGCCGCUUUACUCAGGUAUCUCGAAGCCAGUGCCUUUCAGGCUGGCGACAGGGCAGACUUCGAAGACGCCGCAUUUGAGGCUGCACUCCCAGUUGUUGCGGCUUUAA